CACCAAACAUAUGCAUCCUCUCCUUCUCUCUCUACUUUCUCUCUCUAAAAACGCACAGUUGGUUGCAUCCUGUAACAAACAAGAAGCUCUGAAUACACAUUUCAUGGCGGUUGAAGCAGGUCACCACACUCUGUUCCAUCCUCAAAUGAUGCUAACAGACAAUCAAGCCACUGGUAACACACCUCUACCUUACGGACUCACCAAUCCUCUAACAGCGAUGUACGGUUUCACCGACGGUUUUCCGGCGAAUACUGCUCCGAUCAAGGCUGAAAGCGGCCUCACUUGUAGCCUUCCUGUUUCUAGAAAACGACCUAGAGAUUGUUCAGAUCUGAAUACUCUGCUUUCGUUCGUUAACAGUCGGAACAUGAAUCAGAAUCAAAACCAAAAUCACGGAAACGCAACCGGAACGUAUACGUUUCUCGGAGAAGAUAUCUCUAUGCAGAUCCAGCAACAACAGUUGGAGAUCGAUCAAUUCAUCGCUCAUCAGACGGAUAAAGUACGAAUCGAUAUCGAAGAGAGACGAAAGCGAAACUCACGGAGACUAAUCGCGGCAGUAGAAGAAAACAUAUCAAACAGAUUACGAGCAAAAGAAGAAGAAAUAAUGAAAAUCGCCAAACUAAAUUGGGCGUUAGAAGAAAAAGUAAAAUCUCUAUGUGUAGAGAAUCAAAUCUGGCGCGAAUUAGCUCAAACAAACGAAGCAACAGCAAACGCAUUACGCAGCAACUUAAAACAAGUUCUGGAACACGUCGUUCACGACGAGUAUCGCCACCGUAACACCACCGCCGGCUGCGUGGACGACGCGGCGGCACUGGCGGAAGAUGCACAGUCUUGCUGCGAGAGCAACAAUGAAGAUAAUCACAUCAAUGAUGACUGUUGCACAAGCAACAACAACAACAAGAAUAAUAAUAGAUUGUGCAAGAAGUGUGGGAAAGAUGAGUCAUGUGUGUUGCUUCUUCCUUGCAGGCAUCUUUGCUUAUGCACAGUGUGUGCUUCUUCUGUUAACAUUUGCCCUGUUUGUAAAUCCACAAAGAACAUCAGUGUUCAUGUCAACAUGUCAUGAUGUUAUCAGUUCAGAUAUUUACAGUGACAAAUAGAUUCAAUUCAAUUCAAUUCAAGAGACUAACAAAUUGUAACCAUUGAUUCACUAGUUUUGUUAAUACUUCGUUUUUUUCUUAA